CCUGAUCAUGAUCAGACUGCUUCAGUCGGACUGGAAGAAUUACGGAGAAGCAGUUACCAGAAUUGUAUUGUCCCGAUGCAUGCACGUUGCCGUUUUUUAAUUUCAAACUGAAGCAAGAUGGCUGGACGUGGACUGGUUGAUGGGGAAUGUGGCGGAAGCAACUCCCUCAUGAAGUUAAACUCCCAUUUCACUCGGGAUCGGGCAUUUAAACAAGAAGGUUUUCGACCUCCAGGGCAGGGGCCUCCAGUUGGAAUCCAGGCUGGGAAACCCUUAACUCAAAUAAGUCAAGAUGAGCUGGUGAAUGAGUUCAUGAUGGGGCAUCAGACGGCGAUCGCCCCCCAGACUUUCCACAUGAGCAGCCUACUGCAGGAGAUGAGGGAGAUCGAGGAGUCGGAGAUGAAGCACAUGCCACACAGAGCUCCUGGAAUAGCUGAGUUGGCAUCUGACGCCAACUGGGCAGAGGAAUUCCUGUCGACGGAGAACAUGGCGGCAUCAGGUGGUGAUUGGGUGAGGGACUUCCAGGCAGGGCAACAGGCGGCGGCGGCGGCCGAUACCAAGUGGGCUGAGGAGUACCUCGAACCCACACAAGAUAAAACAUGGUCGGAGCAGUACGAGCGAGAGCAGCUUGACGACACCAAGUGGAUUGAUGAGUAUCAGUCUGCCAACAGUCAGGGUGCUGAUUUAGAGAAGACGGCCAACGAUCUGAUCGGCUCUGUUGAUGAUCCCAAGUUCACUAACUCUGAGUUCAUGAAGUUUGUGAAGCGUAUUGGUGAUGGGGAAAUUACAAUAGAGGAUAAUAAAGUGCUACAGAAAACACCAGGUCAAAGGUCAGAUGACUGGGCGCAAGAAUUCUCAGCAGGGCAGGCAGGGGCUUCAGUGACUGACAAGUGGGCAGAGGAGUUCACAGAAUUUUCAGCCACUCACGCUGAGCCUGAGGCCUUCUGGGAUAAUCUUCAAAAACACUGGGAAGACGUUGACAGGAAUGACAGUCAGCCCUGGUUGACGGAGUUUGAGCAGACUGAGCCAUACAAGAACUACAGUUUUGAGUCUGAAAACCCUCUGCUGGAGCAUCCGAACCCCUUCACAGCCGGGCUGGAGAAGCUGGAGCAGGGAGACAUCCCCAACGCCGUGCUGCUGUUUGAAGCCGCCGUCAGGAAGGAUGACUCGCACAUGGAGGCCUGGCAGUACCUGGGAACGUCACAGGCUGAGAAUGAAAAUGAACCUGCGGCCAUAGCAGCUCUCAAAAGGUGUUUAGAGUUAUCUCCCACUAACCUGACCGCCUGGCUGUCACUGGCUGUGAGUUACACCAACGAGUCCCUGGGGUCCUACGCCUGCCACGCCCUCAAGUCCUGGCUCAAACACAGCCCCAAGUAUGCCAGUCUGGUGCCAGGGCCUCUGGGGGAGAAGCCAGUCACCUCGUCCUUCAUGUCAACCCAAGACUACGAGGACGUGAAGGAUCUGUACCUGAAGGCUGUCCGCAUGGAGGACCGCGGCAAGAUAGACGCCGAUGUACAGUGUGCCCUGGGCGUCCUGUUCAACCUGAGUGGGGAAUACAACAAGGCUGUGGACUGCUUCCAGGCGGCGCUGCAAGUCAAACCCAAGGAUGCCUUGCUGUGGAACAAGCUGGGGGCUACUCUGGCUAACGGCAACAGGAGCGAGGAAGCGGUGGAAGCGUACCACAAUGCAUUGCAGCUGUCGCCCGGCUUUAUCCGAUCUCGGUAUAAUCUUGGCAUCGCCUGUAUAAACCUUGGUGCUCACAGAGAGGCAGCUGAGCAUUUUUUAACAGCUCUGAACAUGCAGCAGCAGAGUCGAGGCCCAGAUGGUCCGGAGUCUGUCAUGUCCACCAACAUCUGGUCAACUCUUCGAAUGACCCUCUCUAUGCUCGGCCGACCUGACCUCUACAACGCCUGUGACUCAAACAGUCUGGACGUACUGAACAAAGAGUUCAAGAUGCAGUCAUGACCCAACUUACAGUUGCAGGAGAGUGCUACCACCAACUGUCAAAUUGCCGAACAGGAAACUCAGUCCCUGCCGGAACUACUUUCUGAUGUGGAUAAUUUACCAGGAGUGCUUCGGCUUAUCUUCUGCUGAGAUUAACAACUUCUGAUGAACAUGAUUCCAUGGAUAUUUAACUGUCAGAAACAGAGAAGGGCUAAAAGUCAGUGUCUAUGGAGAUGCACGCUGCUGGUUGAUGGAAUUGUUUAAUAGUGCCUUUCUGUCUAAAAGGAAGGGGUGACUAUGGAGGGCAUUGUUACUGUUGCAAUUGUUUUGUGUUAGUUAAAACACGACUUGUGAUACUGUUGCAAUUGUGAUUGGGUUGGUAUUAACCCCUCUUUGAAUAGUAUUGUUAUGUUACGGCUUGUCAGUUUGAUAUGGGAUGAAAGCCCAAAGUCAUGCAGGCUUUAGACAUUUACCAAGCAUGGGCAUGGUGCUGACAAAGCAAGAAACAUGGUCUGGGUGAAUGUGGGAAUCAUAAGUUUCUGGCAAGGUGAAUUGCAAUGCAGUGUCUAGCAACUGGGCAUUCACUAUCACUUCACUAUCCCGGAUAGAAUAGGUCUUCAGCAAUCCAUGCUUGUCUCCCUGUGAAGAUCCGGGAUAGAAUAGGUCUUCAGCAACCCAUGCUUGCCAUAAAAGGCGACUAUGCCUGUCGUAAGAGGCGACUAACGGA